GGGCGCCGCGCUCCAUCUUCGCACGUGCCAUUCGCCCUCAGUUGUAAGCAUCCUGAUCUGCAUCGCAGAACACCUGCAUCCUCCUACAUCUGGCCGGCAUCGUGCUCCAGCAGAUACCCUCGAACUCCAAAUCUGAGUGCAGUAUUGAUCUCCGACUGAGCUUACAGAGUGCGGAUGCGCUUCGCCUGCCUCCAUCAUAUCCCAACAACAAGACGCUUCGGGAGCGGGCAACAGUUUUGACAUUUAACUGUAUCAGCAAACGAAAACUAUACCUUGUUGAACGAGAUAUCCUUGCUUUUAUCCGCUGUUAACGCCCAGGAUGAAGCUACAUUCUAUACCGUCAGACAGCUUUGCUUUACAGUUAGAGAAACCUGGCACAUCCGCUCCUCCAUUCUCUCUUUCAGUUCAUUCUCUCCGCUCUCCAACAGUGCGAUAAGGACAGCGCGCAUUGACUUUCCACAUAUAUCCGUUCAAAAUCCGACCAUCACAGCUCGGCCUAUAUCCAAUCUAUCCUAGUACAUCUUCUGGUUAAUAAUUUGCUGACAUUCAUUGAAAUUCUUCUUCUUGUCUUCAGCUAAUCCGAGACCAUCCCAUCGAUAUUCUCUCAGCGAAUCCCGGUUCUUGUCGUUGCAUUUAUCAUGAACCGCUCUAUCAACAUCAUCUCACAGAUUUCAUGGUAUUUUAUCUGCUGUUUCAUUUUCCCAUUUGUUCUCCCAUUCAGACAUCGAUCGCUGUCGCCUCUAUUGAAGAUUUUCAGAGCACGCCAAUGGGGCAUCGCAGGCAGCUCUGUGUCGAAGUAUAAACUAUGGUUUGGCUUCGAACUUGUCCUCUUCAUUUACCGUGUAUAUGUGCUUGGGAUCCAUUCAGAAAAGGAAUCAUUCUAGUUCAAUAUCAUGCGAAACUUCCUGUCAGAAAGUGAAACUUGAUGUCGCAAGCAUGUCAUCAAAAAUUGUAUCUAGCUUAUAACUAUAAUUUAUUCAUCUGUCAUCAAACCGUGUGAGAUAUAAGUUACUGAAGAGUGCCGCUGCAGUAUCCACUGACAGAUAUUCUUUUGCGCGGUUUAUCAAAUCACACUACAGUGUUUGACGCGUUCGCUCUAAUUGUCAGUCUUACAUGCAUCUUACCACUUACUGAUCAUUAAAUAUCGUCUCCUGCUGUAUAUUGUUAUAUUUAAUUACUACGCUUUAUCUGGAAAUUAUCAUUACUAGUGUCUAAACUCUCCAGUAAACUGCUUCAGGAUCAAAUAAAGCAGACGAUCCCCAUGCCUACCACUGUCAAAGAUGCUGCCCUUCCAGCAGUUAGAAGACUGAUCUGCUAGAGCUUGAUCAAAGUUGCGGGUUGCUUAAAUUUCUUGCUGAUGGCUAUGUCGCCCCCGAUAUCCGCGCUUCAACGUUGCGGAGUGACGACUGAGAAUCAUGAUAUAAGAUUAGCUAUAUACCCAUUGGGACCCUCCAGAUAUGUUCAGCAAUGUUUUCACACUGUAAAGUCACCAGAAGGGCAAUAAAACAAAAACGAUCAUUGACGGUCAGACAGGAACCGGAUGGGAUAUCUGUACUUGUCGGAACUUAUACCAACGAUGCAGGACAAGCUUUCAUUGCUGCACAGAAGGCCUCAUGCGACAUUUAAGGCAUGGAACUCUUGGCAAGAUAUCCGACAACUACACUGCUGCUUGAUAUAUGAUCACCAUCAUCAAACUGCUGCUUGAAGAGACCCACACUCUGGAUAUCAAAGAGAGAGCUGUCAAGCGUGUCGAUCCAUUUCUUCACGGUUUAUCUGUCUAUCCUGA